GUGGGUAUGGGAGCGACGGUUGUUCAGCUUGUUUCCUUUCAAAAAUAAUUAAAAGCUAACGAAAAUAACAAAACCUUCAUUCCUAUCGCUUCUGUGAAACCCUAAGGGAAGAAAGAGGAAGAAGACGAGGCAAAUCUUCAAUGGGGGAAGUCGUGGAGGGGAACAUCAACGCUGCUCCAGUCUCGGAAGACGAGCUGUACGGAUUCAAACGCCAGGAGAUGUACAGCGGCACUCUCGCCGGAUCCGUCGCUCCGUACGGUCGCCACGUGUUCCUCUGCCACGAGAGCCACGAGACCUGGCUUCCUCGCGUCGAAUCCGAAGGUCUUCCGCAGCGUUUCGCUAAGUCGUUCAAGGAUCGAAGAGCUGAUUUCGCUGUUGAGACGAAGCUGACGGUGUGUGGUGGUGGAGGUGAAUCGGAUGGAGAUGUGUUGGUUUUCCCCGAUAUGAUCAGAUACAAGGCGCUUAAGGACACAGAUGUGGAUGCUUUUGUGGAAGAUGUGCUCGUUAAUGGGAAACAGUGGGCCUCUGGGAUUCAGGAAGAGUUAUCAGGCUCCUUUGUUUUUGUGUGCGCUCAUGGUAGCCGGGACAAGAGGUGUGGUGUUUGUGGACCUGCUCUUAUGGAGAAGUUUGAGGAGGAGAUAGGCUCACGUGGACUUUCAGACCGAAUCUUCGUCAAGCCAUGCUCUCAUAUCGGUGGGCACAAGUAUGCUGGAAAUUUGAUCGUCUUCAGUCCUGAUUCAGCUGGGAAUGUUUAUGGCCAUUGGUAUGGCUAUGUGACUCCUGAUGACGUGCCUGCAAUGCUUGAUCAGCACAUUGCAAAAGGAGAAAUCAUACAAAACCUUUCCAGGGGGCAGAUGAGACUAAAACCCGAGGGUGAGGAAGCUGAGAAAGAGGAUGAGCAUAAAAUCUCAAAUGGAAACAGUGUAGUGGAACGCGAAUUAGUGGAGACGAAAGGAUUCACAGGAGGUUGUUGCCAAGGUGCGAACGGGGUUUCAUGUUGCCAGGAGCAAACUCCAGAACCAGUCAAGAAAGAAGCAUCCGUGAAGAAGAACUGGUUCAGUUGGAUGGAGAAAGAAGAGGUUCUCUUGGGAGCUGCCGCAGUUGGGGCCAUCGCGACCAUAGCAGUGGCUUACAGCAUUUACAGGAGGUCAGGUUAAGAAACCACCCUCCGAUUUUACAUUUUAAGAACUUACACAACAAGUAUAAAACUUUACUUUUGGUAGCGCCAUAUUAUAUAGCUGUUAAAGAAAAAAACAUGGAGGUAAUGAUCUUUUGAACCAUGUAACCAGAUAUCGGAUUGGCAAUACCGGAAUGUCAUGUAUACUCAGCUUUUGAAUAAAUCUAUUAUUAGCCUCUUCCCCUGA